AAAAUUGAUUGGUUAACUGCACAUAAGCGCGAACCGGAAUGAGCUAUACCCCAGGUUAUUGGCUGGGAGGAGUCACGUGAUCCAACGAGCUGUUGGCAAGCAGAUUAACCGUCAUCUACAAGGUCCGACCCGUCCGACCAAGGAAAAAAGAAAAAAGGGAGAGACAGAGAAACUUAUCCCUGCUUUUAAUAAAAGGUCUUUCAUGGAUAGCUUUGUGGCUAACAAACUGAUUGAGUGGCAGCUACCAGAGCUAACAGAUAUUUUUAAAGAUCAAGAAAUAGAUGAGGAGGCCUUUAAAUUAUUAGACGCAGAAACAAUCAGAAACCUGAUCCCCAAAGUUGGACCCAGGCUCAAGUUCUCAAAACUUCAUAAAGAACUUAUGAGUUUGAAUGCCGAAAGACCUAUUACACCAUCAACAAGCCACAAUGUCGCCACAAUAUUGCCUGCAGAAGAAUCAGAAGAAGCAUCUGAAGUUCUGCUUCUAUCACCAAGCUCUGUCUUUGAUAUCCGACAAGUCCUAAAUGACACUCUUAGUGGUAAAGACAUUUUGAGAAGCCUGGAUGAUGUUGGUGCCAUAUCCAGAAGACAGAGGAUUGUCCUUGUUCAAAUAUUGGUAUCGUUCCUCAUAGACAAGUUUGGAGAGAGGCCAACCACAGCCACUAAAGAGGCCCUCGCACUGUCCUUGGUGCAGACUUUCCCAUCAUUGCAUGACGGUUCAGCAUCUGGACAUGAAAUAUGGCUGUCCAAAAGUCGGAAAGCUGUUAAAAACGGAAAAAUCUACUACUAUCCUGCUACAGGAUUCAUUGAAGAGAGGCUUCGUAAUGUGCGAAAGAAGAUAAGGAGUCAUGGAUUUAAUCAGCAAUCACAUGAAGUCAAUGAACCACAGAGGGUUCAAAUACCAGAAUCGAUGGUGCCGGAAGAGCGGUCACAACAACAAAAGGAGUGGCUGAAACACAACUGCUACCUCCUAACCCAAGUACAGGAGUACAUGGAGGAAACAGCUCUCUACAGAGCGAAUUGGAUUUGAGCAAAUCCCUCCAGAGGCAUUUUUGAGAUUCUGGCUGAGUACCCUCGCCUCACCAGUUCAGGCAUGAUAUCGCAGGACUUCUCGGUGCUCUAUACUGAGGCUGCAUCAAAGUUAUUUGAAACAUGGGUGACUGAGUAUGCAGAGAGAGUCCUCCAUCUGGCAAAACAAGAUGACAAAAUCCCAUUUCCCAUAGAUGACAUGCCACUAGAUGCCAGAGGAGAGCUGGCUCUAAGACUCAUACCAGCAAUCAUGCCACAAAAAGUCUACAAGGUCAACAAAAAGACCAUCCGGCACACAGCUGAAGAGGCACGGUCUUCCUUUAUUGACCUCAAGCCUGUUGGAACAAACAUCGUGGAAUACCUCCAGGAGGUGGAGUCCAGGCCCUAUCUGUCUGUUCUGGCCCUUGGACAAGUGACACAAAAGUGUUCACAAGCUUUUGUUGUGAUGGCUGGUCAGGCAUACCCUGAAGACACACUUCUUGGUGCAGUUGACGUCUGCUUCAAGACAUUUUAUGUGCUUGAUAUCAACUACCCCAUGCAGUGUGCCUCUUCAUGGGAGUUCCUCCAGAAAGUGAUCUAUGAAAUGGAGGGACCGGAAUCUAAUGAGGUUAGGUUUCUAAAGACUGCUGUGAGGAACGUGAAAAUGUAAAAAAAAGAUGAAAAAAAAAGUUUAGAGUUCAUAAUAGUUUUUUAUACAAAAACACUUGUUAAUGAUUAUUUUUCCCUUUCAAGGCUGCAUUAAAGAAUGUGAAACUGUUCUUAAAAAAAUCAGAGUUCAUAAUAGUUUCUGAUGCAAAAACGUUGAUUUGUUACAAAUUAUUUGCCUUUUCAAGGCUGCCUUAAAGAAUGUGAAAUUGGUACUUCUUUGUGGGAUGUUAUUCUAAAUAAAUCUUUGUCAUGAAA